ACGCUCAGUUAACUUCGGAUAAAUAAUUUAGCAAGUGCAUUGUUUUCUUGUUUGUCCCGAAACUAAGAAAUCCAAACAAAAAUUUAUUAUCAAAUAAAUGCAAAGAAAAUACAUAUUCUCAGUAUUAUUAGUACAACUAAUUAUUCGUUCUUGGUACAAACUUAAACUUAAGUAACCGAUACAAAUUUGACGGUAGAAUUCCAGGAAAAGCUAUAACUUGCUUUGCCUUACUCAAAUUACAACUUGACUCGGUCUCCCAUUGCACAUACAAAUAAAAUAAAACGUCGGUCUACAAAGUACAGAGAAAACAGCAGCAGAGCCCAUCACGAUGAGCUACUUCUGGUAGAUGAGAACCUUGUCGCUUGUUCAAGGGGGGAAGAAACAAAACCAAAUAAAAAAAACAAGAAACGAAAUUUAAAGCCAAAUAAAGGAGCACACAAGAUAAGAGAACAAAAAUGAGCAUCAAAACAAGGGCAUUGGUGUUUUCGACGUUUUUCGGAAGCUGCAUCGCCAUCGGCCUCCUCCUGGUCAGUCUAACAACAAACUAUUGGGUCCGAGCUUCGCCGAAAAGAUACAACACAUCGGAAUCCUUUGGAAAUGUUAAUUACGGCCUCUUCUUCGGGAACAGAGACUUAAAUGUUGGUUACGGAAAUCGACCUGAUGCCGUCAAUGUUUACACAUUUAUUACAUCUGAACCAGAUGUAAUGAGCUUUUGGCUGUGGCUAGUUACAGCACUAGGAACUGGAUUUGGGCUUUUAAGCUGUGCAAUUGCUGCGAUAGCAUCUGUUAUAAAAGCGGCAUCAGCUUCAAAAAAACGAGGCACAAUGAUUUUGCUUUUUGUUUCAAAUAUUUCCUCAGCAUCGUCGCAGAUAGUUGCAUUUGCAUGUUGGGUUAUUCAGUUCUAUCAGUACCUUACUCACAAUGUAUUAUCAUUGAAAGAUCGAACAAAGAUGCGCUGGUAUAGUCAUGGCACUGCUUCGUUUGGCUUUAGUUUCUUCAUGCUUGUUUUGUCGAUACUAGUUGUCCUGAUAAAUAUCAUCGUUUUGAUUUAUGCAAAAAGACGUGAACACAGAGAAGAUCAUCGGUUCGAGCCGCCGUCUGAGGAGAAAAAUCAAAGUGCUAUAAUGCUCUAUUGAAAAUGCCAACAAUUUGCCUUUUAUUUUUGUUUUAAAAAAUAUUGAAUCUCUCAGUUUUAUUAAUAAGUUUUUCUACUUAACAAAAAAGUCAAUAAGUUUAUAUAAGUAACGAAACUAGAAAAUCAAAAAUAAACAAAAAACACAAUA